UUAAGAAGUCUGGCAAACUCUUCAACAACAGAAUGAAGGGGGGGGUGUCUGAUGAAAUGACUCUCAGUGCUUACAUCACUGCUGCAUUCUUGGAGAUGAACACAUCCACAGAUAACCAUGUGGUAACUAGGAGCCUCUCUUGCCUAAAAGGAUCCAUUAAUGAGCUCAACAACACCUACACCACAGCUCUGCUAGCAUAUGUCUUCACACUGGCAGGAGACAUGGAGACUCGUGCUCACCUUCUGCAGCACCUUGACAGAGUGGCAGUAAAAAAAGGAAAUGUCAUCUACUGGACUCAGGCUGCAGCUGAAACAUCUGACUCUCUGUCAGUGGAAAUCAGCUCUUAUGUCCUGAUGUCUUUACUCAGUACCUCCCACACUGCUGAAGACCUGGGAUAUGCUUCAAGUAUUGUUAGGUGGAUGACCGGGCAACAGAACUAUUAUGGGGGUUUUUCUUCUACCCAGGACACAGUAGCGGCCCUUCAAGCUCUGGCUCUUUAUGCUACAGUCGUAUUCAGCCCAGAGGGUUCCAGUACCGUUACAGUCCAGUCCUCUAGUGUCCAACUGGAGUUUGAUGUGAAACCAGACAACAAACUGCUUUACCAGGAGAAGGUGAUGAAUGAUGCGACUGGAAAGUAUACCCUUCAAGUGAAAGGGACUGCAUGCUCCUCAAUCCAGGUAAACAAAUACAAAUGUUCUUACCUGACAGAUUUAGCAUUUGCCAUCUCAUAA